UCUUUUUUAGAGUGUGUUAACUUCUUCGGAGACGUAAGUUUCACUAAAAAUGCACCAUCAUUUGGGAAGUUGUAUAACUGUGUUCAGAGUGAAGCCAAAAUAUUAAUGCUGCCGAAAGAUGGCAUUUCGACUUGUGCAUUUCCGUUUUGGAACCAGCAAGGAUAUGAGCAACCCUUCGUUAUGCUCAAAAUUACUCAAUUGUCAUCUGGAAAAGUAAGGUCGUAUUCAUAUAUAGACACUCCCGCUUUCGCUUGGUUCGCUAUCCCUAUCGAAAUGACGAAAAAUGCUCCUCGUUAA